AUGAAUAGAUAUGAUUAAGCAUUAGUAGAUUAUGAUUUAGCUAUUCAGAAAAACCCAGAAAAAGCCAACUAUUAUCAUGAGAAAGGUAUAAAUUGUAAUGAAUAUUUUUUUAGCAAAUAUUUUAUCCUAAAUGAAGAGAUAUGAGGAAGCAUUAAAAUAUUAUGAUUAAGCAAUUCAGAGAAACCCUGAGAAUUCAGAAUGUUACCUUGGCAAAGGUAAGAACUAUGAUGAAUAUUUUGUUAGCAAAUGCUUUAUUCAAAAUAAACAGAUAUUAAGAAGCUUUGAAAUAUUUAGAUUCAGCUAUUCGAAAAACCCCAUAAAAAGCUAACUUAUAUCAUUGCAAAGGUAUAUAUUAUGAGUUAUUUUUUCUCAGCAAAUGCUUUAUUUAAAAUGAAUAGAUAUGAAGAAGCAUUAGAAUAUUAUGAUUAAGCUAUUCAGAAAAACCCAGACAAUGCAGACUUUUAUCUUGGCAAAGGUAAGAACUAUGAUGGUAAUUUUUUUUUAGCAAAUACUUUAUAAAAAAUUAAUAGAUAUGAAGAAGCAUUAGUUUAUUAUGAUUCAGGUAUUAAGAAGAACCCAGAAGUCGCUGAAUAUUAUAAUGGCAAAGGUAUAAAUUAUGAUGGAUAUUUUAAAAAGCAAAUACGUUAUACAAAAUGAAUAGAUAUAAAGAAGCUUUGGAAUAUUUUGAUUAAGCUCUUUAACGAAAACCAAAUGAUGCUAAUUAUUAGAAUAAUAAAGGUACAAGUUUUGAGGAAUAAUUUAUGAGCAAUUACUUUACAAUAGUUAAAUAGAUAAGAAUAAGUCUUAGUUUAGUAUGAUAAACCUAAUCAGAAAAACUCAGAAAAUGCAGACUAUUAUUUAGGCAAAUGUAUUAAAAAUGAUGAAUUGUUUUUAGCAAAUAAUUUAUCCUUAAUUAAAAGAUAAGAUGAAGCCUUAUUAUAUGAUGAUAAACCUAAUCAGAAAAACUUAGAAAGUGCAGACUAUUAUUUAGGCAGAGGUAUUAUAAAUGAUGACUAUUAUUUUAGCAAAUAUUUNUACAAUCGAAUUAUUCAUAAAGACGAAUAUUUUCUUAGCAUAUCCUUUAUUUGAUUAAAGGACAAAGCAUGAUAUUCAAAAUUAAUAAAUAGAAAAUUCUGAUUCAGUUAUUGAGAAAAACCCAGAAAUUAAAACUAUUAGCAUGACAAAGGUAUAAAUUAUGAUGAAUAAUUUUUAUGUUAUUUUUAAUUAAUUUUUAUAUCCUAUAUGAAUAGAUAUGAUUAAGCAUUAGUAGAUUAUGAUUUAGCUAUUCAGAAAAACCCAGAAAAAGCCAACUAUUAUCAUGAGAAAGGUAUAAAUUGUAAUGAAUAUUUUUUUAGCAAAUAUUUUAUCCUAAAUGAAGAGAUAUGAGGAAGCAUUAAAAUAUUAUGAUUAAGCAAUUCAGAGAAACCCUGAGAAUUCAGAAUGUUACCUUGGCAAAGGUAAGAACUAUGAUGAAUAUUUUGUUAGCAAAUGCUUUAUUCAAAAUAAACAGAUAUUAAGAAGCUUUGAAAUAUUUAGAUUCAGCUAUUCGAAAAACCCCAUAAAAAGCUAACUUAUAUCAUUGCAAAGGUAUAUAUUAUGAGUUAUUUUUUCUCAGCAAAUGCUUUAUUUAAAAUGAAUAGAUAUGAAGAAGCAUUAGAAUAUUAUGAUUAAGCUAUUCAGAAAAACCCAGACAAUGCAGACUUUUAUCUUGGCAAAGGUAAGAACUAUGAUGGUAAUUUUUUUUUAGCAAAUACUUUAUAAAAAAUUAAUAGAUAUGAAGAAGCAUUAGUUUAUUAUGAUUCAGGUAUUAAGAAGAACCCAGAAGUCGCUGAAUAUUAUAAUGGCAAAGGUAUAAAUUAUGAUGGAUAUUUUAAAAAGCAAAUACGUUAUACAAAAUGAAUAGAUAUAAAGAAGCUUUGGAAUAUUUUGAUUAAGCUCUUUAACGAAAACCAAAUGAUGCUAAUUAUUAGAAUAAUAAAGGUACAAGUUUUGAGGAAUAAUUUAUGAGCAAUUACUUUACAAUAGUUAAAUAGAUAAGAAUAAGUCUUAGUUUAGUAUGAUAAACCUAAUCAGAAAAACUCAGAAAAUGCAGACUAUUAUUUAGGCAAAUGUAUUAAAAAUGAUGAAUUGUUUUUAGCAAAUAAUUUAUCCUUAAUUAAAAGAUAAGAUGAAGCCUUAUUAUAUGAUGAUAAACCUAAUCAGAAAAACUUAGAAAGUGCAGACUAUUAUUUAGGCAGAGGUAUUAUAAAUGAUGACUAUUAUUUUAGCAAAUAUUUUAUCCUAAAUGAAUAGAUAUUUAGAAGCCUUAGAAUAUUAGAAUGUGGCUAUUCAAAGAAACCCUGAGAAUUCAGACUACUAUUAAGGCAAAGGUAAAAUUUUUGUAGAAUAUUUUUUAGCAAAUAUUUUAGAAAAGAUGAAUAGAUAUGAAGAAGCCUUAUAAUAUUAUGAUAAGGCUAUCCAGAAAAACCCUGACAAUUCAGAAUAUUAUUAAGGCAAAGGUAAAAUAUUUCAAGAAUAUUUUUUUAGCAAAUAUUUUAGAAAAGAUGAAUAGAUAUGAGGAAGCCUUAUAAUAUUAUGAUAAGGCUAUCCAGAAAAACCCUGACAAUUCAGAAUAUUAUAAUGGCAAAGGUAUACAUCUUCAUCAAUAUUGCCUUAGCAAUUACUUUAGAGAAAUUGAAUAGAGUUGAAGAGGCAGUUAAAUAUUAUGUUUUAGCUAUUGAGAAAACUACAAAUGUAAGUCUAAUUAUUUUUAAUUUAAUAGAAAUAACUUUAAAUUUAAUGAAU